AUGUCACGUAGCGCCGUGACCCAACAAUUAUUGAGGCGCGUCGACGAACGCGAGGACAAAAGCCCGGUUAUCUCCAACGUGGCCUUGGAUCAACUGCGUCGUAGCCAGGAGGAGCUAGAUCCAAUCCAUGCGACCAUGCUUCUCGAAGUCUCGGACCGUUCACUCCUAGAGUGGAUUCGUUGGCAGCGCCUACACUCCCUGCCACCUGAAGGAAGUAGCCAUGAUAACGUAUUAAAAUGGGCCGCAGCCUUCAUUGAAAGGCUGCGAACCUUUUACGUGGCUAUCGAGCAGUUCGAUGGUGCCUACCUUGCAUGCCGGCUCGGUUAUGGCUUCUGUGGGAUGCUCCUUGAACUUGGGAGGGACAAUAUGGCCGUCUUAGAGAUUCCCUUUAGUUUCUUUAACCACAUGUCCAAAAUUUUAGAGGACCUAUUAAGACACUCAGAAAUAGUCGCUAUAAAUGCUGAAGUCCGUGAACAAAUGGUGCUGGCAUUCCUAGAUCUGUUGACACUGGUUUGCGGUGUUUCGAUUCAUAUCCAGAAAGCGCUCGCAGGUUUGGGCCUGUCAGUCUACAACAUUAAUGAGACAUUCGCUAGUCAGAUUCAGACUUUGCAUCAGCGAUAUGAAGAUGUCGGUGACUUUGUAUUCAAAAGCCAGCUGCUGGAAGAAAACUUUGAUGAGCAAAGAGUUAGUGGCGAGCUCCAUUCAAUCAAAACUUGGCUUGUUUCGGAUGACCCCGUCCUCGCCGGUUUUGCCAAAACAGGUGCACGUCUUACUUCCCGACGAGAAGCGAUAACAUGCAGUUGGAUAUGGCCUUAUGUAACUCGGUUCCUGAAAAGUCAGAGAAAAACUCUAUGCUUCGCUGGCAGCCCUGGCUCGGGAAGGAGUGUCUUGGCCUCAGUCAUUCUCGACAACCUACAGGAGCCAUUUCGUCAUGUCUCUUACGAUGUUUUGUUUGUCCCUAUCAAUGCCAAUAUCCCCGCAGAGACCACUCCCAGGUCCGUUGCCUGCUCCCUACUGCAUCAGCUUUUCAGGAUGAAUAGCGGCAGCGUUCCACUCUACCGAGUUUUAAGUGACGCUUUGGGGCGCAGUAGGCUAAUGACGGACCCCAAUGACUACGAUACCCUUUUGUGGAAUGCACUUGAAAGUGCGCUGGGAACUAGGCUCCCCGGCUCCAGGGAUGUGGUCCUAAUCGUGGAUGGCGUUGAUGAGGCAACUUGCGGCGAGCUUACCCUGCUACAUAAGCUGACAUCUGUGACAUCCAAGAUACCUUAUGUUAGAAUGAUUGUUCUCGGCACACAAAACCCUUUGGGGGUUGAGGGUCAGACUUCCGUGCAAAUUACAGGCGAUAGAACCUUUGACGAUAUUUGUACAGUCCUUGGAAGGAUUCUGCAGUCUAGCAAGUCGUCUAUGGAACUGUCUGAUUUUGAGAGAGAGACAAUUGCUGAUAACAUCGCUGAAGCUUCGAACGGUUCUUUUCUCUGGGCCACGCUUGCUGCCAAAUGCGCCGUCAAAGAAGCUGGGCCCGAAGAAGUUUCCAAGGCUGUGGAUAGACUUGUCAGUGAAAAGCCAAGUACUGUUGAUAUUGUUUCUCUCAUCCUGCAAGACCUCAACCCCACCGUCGAAGCCAAACAGAUGCUGCUUUGGUUGGCUACCGCUGAACGCCCCUUAUAUACGAGAGAGCUUCUUGCCCUGGCCUGCGUUUCGAUUGACAAAUAUACAGUCAAUGAGAGAAAAGACGAUAUUCUGAAUACACUAAGGCCUUUGAAAUCAAUUCUCCUUUUACAAGAUGGUCUGGUCUAUUUCCGCCAUGGCGCCAUCCGCCAUGCAGUGUUGGAAGUAUUUUCUCAGGACAAAUUUGUCCCUGUCAGCGAUCGGCACGCUGAUUUAGCGACCCGGCUCUUGAUCUAUAUCAAGUUCUACAUAACCCAACAGAGCGAGCCAUCGGUCUUGCCACUAGGCUUACAAAAGACUAAUCCUUUGCUUAACAUGCAUCCUCUUCUUGAUUUCGCCCUCCGAUACUGGCCAUUUCAUUUUAGGAAUACCACGGUCUUCCAGAAUAGCGGUCCGAUUAGUGCCUCCAAGGAGUUUGCCAAGGUACUGCCUAUCUCGACCACAUUCAUCCGUCUCCAGAACGCCAUAUGGGACCCUUUGCCAAUCUCUGUUUCCUUAGGCUAUCGGGAGCUCUUGACAGAGAUCUACCGUGAGGUAUUAGGUGUAAACGAUGUGGUGACCCUCCAAUGCGUUAUACUCUCAGCUGCGAUGUACCGCCAACUCGAGAAACUCGACGAGGCUAUUGCCCUGUUCUACGAAGCGGCCAUUGGCAGCUCGAAAUUGUUGACUGCUGGGCAUGUUUUGACCUCCGAAAUGGUUUCUGCUUUUCUUUCUCUCACCGAAGAUAAGAUCUCAAGCGCCAAGACCGACACUAUGGUUAAACGAAGCGAAUGCCUGCUACUUUCCGUGGAAUGCUGCAAGAUUCGCGACGGACCUGCAUCUGAAAAGCACAUUGUUGCAAUGAGACAGCUAUACGAGCAUUAUCACAUGAUUGGCGACGAGCAGCAGUCUCAGCAAGUGAUGAGGGGUAUUGAGAGUAUUGCGCAGCAGACAAAGGAGUAG